AUGCCCCCGCCUCAGGUCGAGGAAACAAAGGAUCCGCGCUUCAAUCCGAAUGCAAAGGAUGCCUGGAUGGGCGCUAGGCUUGGCGAAGGCAAUCAAUCUGUCAUGGCUCAUGACUAUGAUGUCCCGGCUGCGAUACCUAAUACGGGUCCGACGCCGUCUUGGGUCAAGGAAGCCAAUGACAUUCUUGGUAUUCCGAACCAGGAUGACGAGGAUCAGCCGGGUCUCUUCGAAUAUUGCGAUUUAAAUUUUGACGAAUGA